AUGAUGGUGCGAAAAACUAAGCUCAUUGAAGGAUGUUUUAAUAAGACCAUCAAAGUUCCUCGUCUGCAACAACUAAUUUCAGGUGGUUAUUGCGAAGGUUCUGAAUGGGGUCAGAGAAUUCAAGAUGGUUUAUGUGAAGCCGAAUCAUUGCUGAAACCGAAUGCAAUCGCAAUUUGUGAUGCAAUCGCAUAUCCCGACUUCGUGCAGCACUCACUAUUGGGUACAAGUGAUGGCCGCUGUUAUGAGCAUCUUCUCGAAUACUUUCAACAACAACAACACACAACGACGUCAUCUAAACCGAAAUGGUGCAUGGAUCUGAGCGAUUUCUUGAACAGAAAAUAA